AGUAAUAUAUUUAUUAUUUUUAAGAUUUUUUAAUAUAAAUCAACUAAUUAAUUAAACUAUUUUAAUUAGAUGAAUAUCAACAGAUGGCCAAAUAUGUCUGUGAUCAAUGUGUUGGUGGUAAAACAAAUAUGCCUGAGUAUGAAGUGAAAGAUAUGUGUGGAAAUUGUAAAAGAGAUCAAAUUCCAUGUCUCUGCAAUGGGAGUAAUACUGCUGAUAUUUGUGGAAUAUGUGAUGGAAAAAAUGAUUCAUGCUUUAUAUUUGUAAAAUUUGAACCAGAUGUUAUUCCUUCUAAUGUACAAGUUAAGAUAAAUGUAUUUGGUGCUUUUAUGGGUAAGAAAAAAGAUAUAUUUUGUUUGUUUAAAUCAUCAGAAACUAAUACAGAAGAGAGUACACUUGGAAAAAUUAAAGAGACUUCUGUUGUUUGUAAUACAAAGCUAUCAGCAGGAACUUAUUAUAUUGGAGUCAAUAUAAGCGAUGAAAGAGAGCCUUUAUUUGCAGAUAAUACAUUGAUUGUUUAUGAUAAGGAUAUCAUUGAAGUAACAAGCAUGUCACCAAUUAGUAUUCCUUAUAACAAUGAAGCUGAGAAAGUAACUGUGAAUUUUCAAGGAAAUUAUUUUCCAGAUAGGCCUAUAAUAUGUUUUAUUAAUGGAAAAGAUUGGCCAAAAUCGUUAAAAAAAAUAACUGGUGGAAAAUAUUGGUGUGAAAUACCUUUACCUAAAACAUCUCAAAAUGUGACUAUUGUUCCAUCAUUUAAUGGAAUUCAUGAAUUAAAUGAGCAAUUUCCCUUUAGUUUUGUUUCACCACAGCUUCAAUUUGCACAAGGAACUUCAAUGUCUGAAGAUAAAACUGCAAUAAUAAUCACUUUUGAUCGACCAGUUGAUGUAUGUGAACUUAAAACUUGCUCAGAUGUACUAACUGAGGAAACAUUGGAAAGCCUAGAUAAAAAUAUUAAAUGUGACUGGCCAACUAAACAGCAACUUGUUAUCAAAAUGUCAAGUCCCAUCCAAUAUAACAGGUUCAGAGUUUCCUUCAAACCAGAUGUGCUUAGAGAAGAUAAACAAAAAGUUGCAGAGUACAAAACAAAUGACUUGGUAAUUAGACUAUUUUUUUAA